AUGGCUGCUGUUGUCUUCAUAGCCUUCCUGUAUUUGGGAGUGGCCUCAGGUGUUCCAGUACUUGAUUCAAGUUUGGAUGCUGAAUGGCAAGACUGGAAGAUAAAAUAUAACAAAUCAUAUAGCCUGAAGGAAGAGAAACUGAAGAGAGUGAUUUGGGAAGAAAAAUGGAAAAUGAUCAAACUGCACAACAGGGAGAACAGCCUGGGUAAGAAUGGCUUCACCAUGAAAAUGAAUGAUUUUGGUGACCAGACUGAUGAAGAAUUCAGGAAAAUGAUGAUUGAAAUUCCAGUUUGGACUCACAGAGAGGGGAAAAGUAUCAUGAAACGUGAAGCUGGCAGUAUUCUCCCCAAAUUUGUCGAUUGGUGGAAGAAAGGAUAUGUGACUCCUGUACGGAGACAGAGAGACUGUGAUGCUUGUUGGGCAUUUGCUGUGACUGGUGCCAUAGAAGCACAGGCAAUCUGGCAAACAGGCAAACUCACCCCUCUGAGUGUGCAGAACCUGGUGGACUGUUCUAAACCUCAAGGCAACAAUGGUUGUCUUGGUGNUGAUACAUACAAUGCCUUCCAGUAUGUUUUGCACAAUGGUGGUCUGGAGUCUGAGGNAACAUAUCCAUAUGAAGGGAAAGAUGGACCAUGCAGGUAUAAUCCAAAGAAUUCUAAGGCUGAAAUAACAGGAUUUGUGUCCCUCCCCAAAAGUGAGGAUAUCCUAAUGGCUGCUGUAGCAACUAUUGGGCCCAUCACUGCUGGAAUUGAUGCUUCACAUGAGUCUUUCAAG